AUGGCACCUAUCACCAAUGGGGCGCCCGCCCCGAAGAAGAGAAUCGCAGUCAUGACAAGUGGGGGAGACUCACCUGGAAUGAAUGGCUCAGUACGCGCAGUCGUCCGGAUGGCAAUCGACCAAGGCUGUGAAGCUUACUGCGUCUAUGAAGGGUACGAGGGUCUGGUACAGGGCGGCGACCUCAUACGUCAGGCGCAAUGGGAAGACGUUCGAGGUUGGCUGUCGGAAGGAGGCACUUUGAUUGGUACAGCAAGGUGCAAAGCGUUUACAGAAAGACCGGGGCGGUUGAAGGCGGCGAAGAAUAUGAUCGACAAGGGGAUCAAUGCACUAGUCAUCUGCGGAGGGGAUGGUAGUCUGACUGGAGCCGACAAAUUCAGAGGGGAAUGGCCCAGUCUGCUCGAGGAGCUUGUGAAGAACGGGGACAUCAGCACAGAGCAGCAGAAGACAUUCCAAUAUCUGAACAUUGUCGGCCUAGUGGGAUCAAUAGACAACGAUUUUGCCGACACGGAUGCUACAAUUGGCUGCUACUCUUCACUGGGCAGGAUAUGUGAGGCCGUGGACUACAUCGAUGCUACCGCAUUCUCACAUCAGCGGGCUUUCGUGAUCGAGGUCAUGGGGAGGCAUUGUGGUUGGCUUGCACUUAUGGCUGGUGUGAGCACAGGGGCAGAUUUUAUCUUCAUUCCUGAGAGUCCACCAGACCGAGACUGGGAGGAUCAAAUGUGCGACAUCAUCUCCAAGCACCGAAACCUUGGAAAGCGGAAAACGAUCGUCAUAGUCGCAGAAGGCGCACACGACCUUGAUCUAACCAGAAUAUCACCUAACAAAGUUAAAGACCUGUUAUCCACCAGACUGAAGCUCGACACCCGGAUCACAACCCUCGGACACGUACAAAGAGGCGGUAACGCUUGUGCCUAUGACCGACAGCUAUCUACUCUACAGGGUGUGGAAGCUGUCAACGCAGUACUUGAGGCCACACCAGAAACACCAUCCAAGUUCAUCGCCAUCAUAGAAAACAAAAUUGUCCGAAACCCUUUGAUUGAGGCCGUAAAGUCGACUCAAGAAGUGGCUGAAGCUAUCAAAGCUAAAGACUUCAAAAGAGCCUUAGAUCUGCGGGGGCCAGAAUUUGCAGAAUACCAUCAGGCUUAUAUGAUGACCACCGCCACGGAUCAACCUGCCUUACGCUUGCCAAAACAGACACACAUGAACAUUGCCAUCAUCCACGUAGGAGCCCCUGCUGGUGGAAUGAAUUCAGCCACCAGAGCAGCCGUAGCAUAUUGUCUUUCUAGAGGCCACACACCGAUCGCCAUACAUAAUGGCUUCCCAGGGCUCGUUCGUCACCACGCCGAUGAGCCUGUCGGAUCCGUUCGCUACGUACAGUGGCUGGAUGUCGAAGGUUGGAUCAGUAAGGGUGGAUCCGAGAUCGGCACCAACCGAGAUCUACCCUCGAAAGUGGGCAUGGGCGAGACCGCAGACUGCUUCAAUAUUUAUAAAUUCGAUGCACUGUUCAUCAUCGGAGGCUUUGAAGCCUUCACGGCGCUCAGCGAGCUCCGAAAAGCGCGACCGGAUUACCCAGCUUUCCGGAUACCGAUGAUGCUGCUACCUGCAACCAUUAGCAACAACGUCCCGGGCACCGAGUAUUCGGUAGGAAGCGACACAUGUCUCAACGCGCUGACCUCAUAUUGUGAUGCCAUCAAACAAUCAGCAUCGGCCUCACGACGACGGAUUUUUGUAGUCGAAACUCAAGGUGGCAAAUCUGGCUACAUUGCAACAAUGGGCGCUUUAGGCAUCGGGGCCGUAGCAGUCUACACGCCUGAAGAGGGCAUCAAUCUCCAAAUGCUUGGCCGGGAUAUUGAACACUUGAAACAAAGCUUUGCGAAAGACAAAGGCCAAACACGCGCUGGGAAACUCAUCCUAUGCAACGAGCACGCAUCAGAAACCUACACCACCGAAGUCGUUGCCAGCAUGAUCCGUGAAGAAUCCAAAGGCCGCUUCGAGUCCCGCUUCGCCAUUCCCGGUCACGUCCAACAAGGCGGCACGCCCUCCCCUAUGGACCGCGUCCGCGCAGUCAGGCUCGCGGUGAAGUGCAUACAAGCGAUAGAGCAGUACGCGGGCAAGUCGAAAGAGGAGAUCAUGGAAGAUGACCUCAGUAUGGCUGUUAUUGGAGUCAAAGGCAUCAGCGUGGUUUUUGGAGCCAUGGAGAGGCUGGAGAGGGAAGAGACGAAUUGGAAUCAUAGGAGGCCGAAGGAUGAGAGUUGGUUGCAGUAUAAGAAGACGGUUGAUACGUUGAGUGGCAGGCCGAGGCCGGAGGAUUGUUGUACUAGCUGUGGGAAGAUGAGGUAG